AUCUGAGCGGUCAAGUUGUGGUUCGGCGAGCUGCGCUUGAAUGGCGUCAUUUUCGGUUCGGUUCGGUACGGCAUGGAGCAGGCACAGCCGUGGUCUGCCACUGGUCGUCGCGUCCGGUCUGGUGUGCAGACAGACACCCCCCGCAGAGUGCUUGAAACUGUUCCAUUAAAGUGCAAACCCAACUAAUGUGUUCAAUUAAAGUGCAGUCCAUAAACUCCAAUCCCCCCAAAACCCCGACACAGCCAUGGCGAUAGCUUAUGACUGGAAAAGCAACGACGGCUUUGAUGCCGACUUUGGCUGGAAUCGCUCCUUCUCCGAGCCCGAUCUUACAGCCAGCCAGAAGCACGGCGAUCUCAGUCGGUUCAACAUCAAGCAUCCGCACGAGUAUAUAGCCGUAGACGAUCUCAAGUACUUCCGCCGCCGCCAGCCUGUCCAGCUGCACACCCAGAGCAACGUUUGUCUCCACAAUAGCGAUGAGCCUGUGGUGUCGUUUGGCUCGCUAAAGUCUGAGUACCGACGGCACUAUCACUGCCACGGCAUUGCCGGCCAAUCCAGACCCAGGACAUUGCUGAGGCGCGCGACAUCGCUGCAUCUGGAGGGAUUCAUGCAGCUGCUGACGGAGCACCAAGACAAAUAUCACUGGUACACGCCCGAAGAUCUCAAAUUUUCCCGUAGCUAUCCCGUACGCAAUCCAGAGAAUCUGCAGCUGGGCGGAGACGCCGAUGGCGAGAGCAGCAUGAAAAAGUCCUCCUAUCUGAUGGCGCCCAUGCUGGACGCAGGCACAAAGAUCCUACCGCGUGAAAUGUUCCUCGAUGAGAGCCAGGCGGCAUCCAGAAGCUUGGCCUCCGAGAAGUUCAAGCGCGAUGUGGCCGCCCAGGAGCAGCAGCGUUGUCACCUGCAGAUGCGCGCCCAGGCCGUGGAUCACCAGCCCGAGCCGUCCGAAUACAAGCGACAGUUUGUGCAGCAGUUUCCGGAAAAGGCUCACUCCAUACCGCAGAUGAGCAACAUCAAGAUCCAAGGGGACUUUGUGGCCGUGCCGGAGUACAAGGACAGCUUCAAGAUGUACGCCAACUACUCGAAGAGUGCGCCCAUCAAGAAGGACGAUAACCUGCACGUAUCCGGCUCAGAGCGGGGCAGCGAUCCUAGGCACAGCCAUGCGCCCGAUGUGGCAGAGUAUCGCGACAAAUUCAUCGACCCACCCAAGCACAUGGCCAAAGAGAAAUCACUCAAGACGGACGAUCACCUGCGGCCUCGGGGCGAGUUCACCCGAGAGAUUCCCGAAUACCACGAGAGCUUCCGAGACCCGCAAAUCACCGAAAUGCCCGAGCGGGGCAAGGCCCGAGAGCCGUUUUUACGCCUGCGGGGCAAAAUCGAAUUUAAUCCCGAGUAUCGCAAUAAUUACUUGGAUUUUCCACGCUCCCGUCCGGUUGUGCACAAGCCGGCCUCCUCCUUCCGUCUGCCACACUCGGGCGUGCACAAUGUCAGCAUUGGCUCCUCCACCGAUAAGCAAUAUCAUCAGGCAGAGCCCGAACCUGCCACCUGCACCACAGUGCCGCCAUCGGAGGUGGUCGCCACGCCAGAGUAUCGACGGGCUCAGUACAAUUAUCAGCUGAGAGAACGACCUCGGGAAUACGAUGUCGUUGGCAACCUUCGCAAGAGUUCGGAUUCAUCGCUGGAAGCGCGACAGCAGCAUCCGCAGCAGGUCUCACACAAGCGAAGAACCUCGCGCCAACGUCUGGCGAAGGAGCCGCAGCCAGUGGCCUCCAACUUUCAGGAUGUGGGUGGCAACGAUUCCAAGAAACCAGCCCGAUACGGCAGGCGGUCUUCCGUGAUGCAAAAUGCGGCCAAUUGCCGCGAUAAAUCGUCGAUCAUCGAAGGUAAUCCCAAGUACGCGGGCGGUCGGCGUGGCAAACAGCAAAAUGGCAGCCAAAGGGAUCCGCCGGGUGCCUUUGUGGUGCUCGACGAGCCGUGCAAGCCUUCCAAUUGGAUGAAGAAAACCUGGUACGAUUCCUAGGUGCCAGUAAUGUAAACCUAAACACGAGUAUUCUAAUUAUAAAUCUCUCUCAAAUUCAAAAGAAAUAA